CGGAGCUCCAAAGUCAAAAGUUCCUGUCGCUUCUUCGUCGGCCUUAUUCCCAGCAACUACUACCGUUCAUUCCCUGUUUUUUCAUUCCUCGAACCCCCGUCACUCACCAUGUCUUUCUUCGGCUCUGGCUCUGGCUCUGACCCCUCCAGCAAGGAGGUCAAGGACGCCCUCGUCAAGCAGGUCCAGGCUGAGUCCGCCAUGGCCAAUGCCCGGAGCCUCAUCACUAAAGUGAACGAAAACUGCUUCUCCAAGUGCAUUCCCACUCCCGGUGCGUCCCUGUCGGCCGGCGAGCAAACCUGCCUGACCGACUGCAUGGAAAAGUACAUUGCCUUCUGGAACGAGGUCAGCCGCACCCACCACAACCGCAUGGGUCUGGAAUCAAAGAGAUUGUCUCUGUAAUCGUCCUCGCCGGUCCGGUUUUCCUACCGAGAGGAGAUGGCGCCUCCCCCGUUCAUGCGGCCUCUCACCCUCCAUCGGUUUGGCCCUGUUUGAUCUAGAUUCGCCUUUCUGCUAUAUGUCUUAUCAUGCAUCAAUGGUCCUAGCUGGGAAGAUCUAUAUGUAUAUUACAAACUGUUGUGGUUUUGGGCAUCCGGUGGCUCCUUGCGGGGACAGGAUGGAAUAAAUCCGAAAAGGCAACAGUGGCACUGGUCAGGCGGAACCAGCGGCCAUGUGUGCAUUCUGCUCCAUUCGGAGGCCAGAGACGUCCGCUGAUCCAAGACUACUUUUAUUGCAAUGACCAAAUUCAAAUAUGUACAUUAUACAGUUGCCUCCAAGGGGAAAGGGAAAGAAAGAUAAUAUCAAGUGACCCAGAAUAGCUCCCCAAUAUUUGCACAAUAUAACUAUGGAAUAG